GUUCUUGAUAGUAGGUGAGGUGGUGCGAAAUCCAGGGCUUUCCACUCUUUACUACUCUCUCUCUCUUUCUCUUUUUUUCUCUUUCGUCUCUUUCGUCUCUUCUCUUUUGAUUGUUUUCUCUGUCUGAUUAAAAAUGGAUCUCUGACGCUACCUCGUUCUUUUAUUUGUUUAUGUUUUUGCUGCUUUUGCUCUGCGGCCCAAAACGUUGCGUUUUGUUGAGACGGAAACUUUGCAAUUCCCGGGUAAUGCCUUUAUAUUUUAAUUUUUUAAAAUUCCUCUUCGUUCUUGGAUUGCGUGCAUCUUAGGAUUCGCAUAUCUCGUUUCUGUUUUGGUUGGUGGCUAUUUCGGAUUCGAAUCUCGUGGUUGCCAAUUGUAGGAGGUGAAAUCAAGGAUUGUUUGGGUGUGGUUGUGACGAUUUCAUGCGAAUUGGUGACCGGUGCAAUUGAGAAGGUUUAUGGUUUGGGCGUGAUGGCUUCGAAUCCUCCACUGGAGGAUCAGACGGACGAGGAUUUUUUCGAUAAACUGGUGGAGGAUGACAAUGAACAUGUUAAUUCUGGCCAUGCUGAUGAAGAUUAUGAUAAUUAUGAUGACGUCAAAGCGUUCGCGAAUUUAGGGAUCCAUGGUGACGCUGGAGAAUGUCGGAAUGAGAGGAAACAGGAAGAAAGGGACGAAAGUGGUGUGCAAUUAGAUGGUGGGAAUGCUCGAGAGGGAGGUUUUUCGGCGUCCUCUGGUUCAUUUGGAGGUGAUAGUGCGAUGGAUCAUGGUGAUCAUGGGACGGGUUUGGAGAGGACGUCAGUUUCCGAUGUGAGCAAGAGCAAUGGGAUUAACAAUUCCGAGGUUAAGGAGGUGGGUUGGAAUUCUUUUAAUGUUGAUGCAAAUCGAGAUAAUGGGUUUGGAUCGUAUUCUGACUUCUUCGGUGAAUUGGUAGAAGAAUCUGGCAGAACGUGUAAUCAUUCUAAUAAUGAGGAAAAAUCUGGUAAUGAAAUUCGAAAUGAUGGGUCAAAUUCUUUAAGUAAUUACGAGCAAUGCCAAGAGGGUAAAGGUUACGAUACAUCUCAGGUAAAUAAAACAAAUGGGCAAGAUCUGAGCAGCAGUCAGUACUGGGAGGAUCUUUAUCCUGGCUGGAAGUAUGAUCAGAACACUGGGCAAUGGUAUAUGGUAGAUGAACAUAAUGCUAAUCAGGGAAGCUCUAUGGCCAAUACAACUGCAAAUUGGACAACUGCUUCUGAUGCUGUAUCGGAGGUUUCUUAUAUGCAACAAACUGCGCAAUCUAUGGUUGGAACUUUAGCUGCGACUAACACAACCGAAAGUGUAUCAUGCUGGAAUCAGGCUUCGCAGGGGAAUAAUGGGUAUCCUGAACAUAUGGUUUUCGAUCCUCAGUAUCCUGGCUGGUAUUAUGACAUGAUUGCUCAAGAAUGGCGCUCGUUAGAAACUUACCAUUCAUUUAUUCAAUCUGCUGGUCAUGGACAGGAAAGUAGGCGUUCUUCUACUGAACAAAAUUUGCCCAAUGAUGUCAAUUUAUAUAGAGAGUAUGGUCAAGAUGGCAAUUAUGGGUCACUUGGCGCUGGUAAUCAGACUACAGAUGACAAGUGGAGUGGCUCAUACGGUAUUCACCAUCACCAGGGUCAAGACACACACACAACUGAGAUGGCUACUAGAAAUGAGGAUACUGCAACUUCUGGUGGAAACAGACAAUAUGGGCAUUCUUUUGGUUCAAAUAUUUCUAUUAAUAAAGAUCAACAAAAUAACUCUGCCUCAUUUGAAACAGUUUCGUACAGUAAAGUGAACCAUGAUCAUGGUUUGGCUGAUCAAACUCUUGAGCGACAAAACUCUGCUCCUAGUGGGAACGUUCCUCAACAUUUUAAUUAUUCUAAUACACAGUUUGAUGAACCAAAUAAUUUCUCAAAUGAAUAUGCUAAGAGUCAGAAGCCCUUCAGUUACUCCCAGGCACAGCCAUCGUUCCAGGAUACGCAUCAGUCUCGUGCACCUCAUGUUGGAAGAUCAUCAGCUGGACGUCCCCCUCAUGCCUUAGUAACCUUUGGAUUUGGUGGAAAACUCGUUGUAAUGAAAGAUUAUAGUUUUUCAAGUUCAUCAUAUGGAAGCCAGACAUCUGUCCAAGGAUCUGUUUCUGUGUUAAACGUGAUGGAAGUUGUCAAUGGAAGUAUUGAUUCUUCGAGCAUUGGCAGUGGCGCUGGUGAUUAUUUCCGUGCUCUGAGUCAGCAAUCUUUCCCUGGUCCAUUGGUUAGUGGGAGUUUUGGAAAUAAAGAGUUGUACAAAUGGAUAGAUGAGAGGAUUGCACAUUCUGGAUCAACUGACAUGGAUUAUAAGAAAUGUGAAAGGUUGAGACUCCUUCUCUCCUUGCUUAAAAUAGCCUGUCAACAUUAUGGAAAACUACGUUCUCCUUUUGGUACAGACACCAUACGAAAAGAAAAUGAUACUCCUGAGGCAGCAGUUGCAAAGCUUUUUGCAUCUACCAAGACGUGUGGCAAGGAGUUCACUCAAUACGGUGUGCUAAGAAGUCACUGUCUGCAAAAUUUGCCUUCUGAAGCUCAAAUGCGGGCAACGGCUUCUGAGGUACAAAACCUUCUUGUCUCUGGAAAAAAAAAGGAGGCUUUGCAGUAUGCACAAGAAGGUCAAUUGUGGGGACCUGCGCUUGUUCUUGCUUCACAACUUGGUGAUCAGUUCUAUGUUGACACAGUGAAGCAAAUGGCACUUCGUCAGCUAGUUUCAGGAUCACCUUUGCGCACAUUAUGCCUUCUAAUCGCUGGACAGCCAGCUGAAGUUUUCUCUCCUGGUAGCUCAGCUGGUGGGGAUCCUAACUCUUUGAAUAUUCCUCAGCAGCCUACACAGUUUGGAUCUAUUGACAUGCUUGGUGAUUGGGAGGAAAAUUUGGCUGUAAUAACUGCAAACAGAACCAAAGAUGACGAACUUGUAAUUAUUCAUCUUGGUGAUUGCUUGUGGAGAGAAACAAGUCAGAUCAUUGCUGCACACAUAUGCUAUUUAGUUGCUGAAGCGAAUUUCGAAUCAUACUCAGAUAGGGCAAGGCUCUGUCUAAUUGGAGCAGAUCACUGGAAAUUUCCUCGAACUUAUGCUAGUCCAGAGGCUAUCCAGAGGACUGAAUUAUAUGAAUAUUCAAAGGUGCUUGGAAACUCUCAGUUUAUUUUGCUUCCAUUUCAGCCAUAUAAGCUUAUUUAUGCAUACAUGCUAGCUGAAGUGGGAAAGGUUUCAGACUCGCUGAAGUACUGCCAAGCAGUAAUGAAAUGCUUAAAAACUGGUCGUGCACCAGAAGUAGAAACAUGGAAGCAGUUGGUAUUAUCUCUUGAAGAUAGGAUUAGAACCCACCAACAGGGUGGGUAUGCCGCAAAUUUGGCACCUGCAAAAUUAGUGGGCAAAUUGCUCAACUUUUUUGAUAGUACUGCACAUCGAGUUGUUGGUGGUUUACCACCACCUGCUCCAUCAUCGUCAUCAUCUCAAGGAUAUGUUCACGGAAAUGGACAUCACCAGCCUGUUACAAACAGAGUAUCGAAUAGCCAAUCAACAAUGGCAAUGUCAUCCUUAGUUCCAUCCGCUUCAAUGGAACCUAUAAGUGAUUGGACAGCUGACGAUAAUAAAACACCAAAACCUAAUAGAAGCGUUUCAGAGCCAGACUUUGGUAGAAGCCCUCGCCAGGGAACUUCACCUGAAGGUCAAGGAAAAACAACAGAAUCAGGGGGUGCAUCUCGCUUUUCUCGUUUUGGUUUUGGCUCACAACUAUUACAAAAGACAGUGGAACUAGUUUUGAGACCUCGCCCCGGUCGACAGGCUAAAUUGGGUGAAAAGAACAAGUUUUAUUAUGAUGAAGAACUGAAAAGAUGGGUAGAGGAAGGCGUCCAACCUCAAUCUGAAGAAACUGCACUACCACCUCCUCCAAAGACUUCUACUUUCCAGAAUGGUUCAACUGAAUACAGCUUAAAACAUGCACUGAAGAAUGAAGGAACGCCUCCUAAGGAGGGAUAUGAUUUAAAAACUAAAAGUCAUGAACAUAAUCCAGGGAUUCCACCAAUGCCACCAAGCUCAACUCAAUUCUCUGGCCGAGGUCGCGUUGGUGUUCGAUCAAGGUACGUUGACACGUUCAACCCUGGUAGUGGAAGCUCUACAAAAUUGUUUCAGUCAUCACCUGUCAAACCUGCUCUGGCUGCCAAUGCAAAGUUUUUUGUUCCUGCUCACACACCAUCAUCAAAUGAGCAGGCAAUGGAAGCUAUAACAGAAAGUAAUCAUGAAGAUAGUUUAAAUAAUGAAAAACCUUCAACGUCCUACCAAUCCCCUGGAGUUUUACCACGGCAAAGGUUUCCAAGCAUGGAUACUAUUGGUUUCCAGGAAAUAAUGACGAAUGGCAGCAACUCUGAAGUGCCUCAUUCACGGCGAACAGCUUCAUGGGGUGGUGAGGCUAUUAAUGAUCUAUUUAGUCCCACAGAAAUGGGAGAAAAUAAUACUCCUGGUGAAUCUUUGGGAAUGUCACCAUCAAAGUUUGUGCCCAAUGAUCUUCAAGAGGUUCAAUUUUGAGCACAUAAUUAAGUUGUAAAUAUCAAAUUUUGUUUAUGGUCAUCAGAGUAGUUGGGACAUCCCUGUUGCAUUUCUAUCAAGUUCCAAAUGCUGGUAUCCAUCGGGUGAAGUUCAUAAAGAGCAACCUUUUCUCUUCCCAUCCGUUGUUUUACUUUCAAUGUCAAGGGAUAUACCACGUAGGUGAGUAUAAGUAGUACAACUCAUUUGUUCAUUUUAUUACACAACAAAACACACUGACCCUCAAGGAAAACAGGCCUCAACACAUCGAAAAGAAAGAAUAGUUCAUGGAAUUGUGAAAUAUUUUGCCCUUUUGUAAUUUUUAUUUCAGAAAUGAAAUAUAAUUUAAUGAUAAAUGUGCUAGGUUUUGAAGUCAA